AUGUCGCAGAGGACCUUGCUUCUCCUCCUAGCUUCUUCAUGCGCUACCAAGCCUAAGGGAAUUAUACAUGCGGAGGGUGUGUGCUUAAUUAUCGCGAUGACAUUCCACGCUUUACCUGCAGAGUCUACGGAUACCUGGGCUUGGAAAGCACAAAGAAAUCUGAAAAGAGAAGGAAGGGGGUUUGUGUCACAGUGGCUUUGGGCAUUAAACACUUAA